AUGAUUAUUGCGCACGCCGGUGGGAAAGCGCGGGAGGGAAAACGCGCGAAGCUACUGCCAGUCUCGGGCCGCGAGCGCGAGCGGCCGCGCGCCGAACACGCAAAGUACGAAAGCGCCCUGGCGAACGACGAACGCUGCGCUCGCCGCGGCGUCACGUUCUCCGGAUCGACCGCGAACGGCAACACUACCACCGUGACUGAAUUUCAGUGUCAAAAGGUGCGCGUCCGCGAAUUCUACAUCGCGAUGCAGCGUUGCCCCUACAUCCACGAGAUGAAGGAGCGACUGCUCGGCGCACCGGUGGAAACCCUAGAGACGAGAGAAGCGAGGGAGGCAAGGGAGGCGAGGGAAGUGCGGGAGCCAACCCACGAUCGCGCCCUCGAACAAAUACAAGACACCCAGGUCGGCACCAUCGUCAAACUGAAUUCGGACGGAUACGGUUCGCACACGUCGCCGGCGCGGGCGCCACUCGUCACGGACGAGUGCGAUGCGCCGGCGGACGAGACCGACGCCCUCUCACCCACUGAAGCGGUACUGCGGUACCGAGCCUGCUGUCAACCUGACACUAAACCUAAAAAUGCCAAAACCUCAUUAUUUAUAAUUUCAAGUUUCAUUUACGCGAAGCUUCUGGUUGUGGUUUGCAUUGCCUAUGUCAUCAGUGAUGUUAUUACCCACAACCUGCCACUUUACUACUACGAAGGUUUCUUCACCUACCUAUAUGGCAUGAGCAUAUUAUUCUUGCUGUACGUCUUCUGUUUCCUACUACAAGAAAGUGCAUGCUGUAACGGUAGUCCACCGAAACCAAAACCUCCACCAAAAGAGAAGAAACCCAAGAAAGAAAAAGAAAAGAAGACCAAAGAUAAAGAAAGCAAAGAUGGAAAAGAGGGGAAAAAAGACGGUAAAAAAGAAGGUAAAUCAAAGGACAAGGAUAAAGAUAAGGAAAGCGGAAAGGAUAAAGCGAACAAAGAAAGCAAGAAACAAAGCCAAUUUCAGCAACAAGAUGUGGUGGAGCUGGAAGCGGGGCCUGUGGCAAGGCCAAUGCGCCGGCGAAAAACUUCACAGAAUGAUCACAGUCACGGUAGCUUCUUCUUAAGAAUAGGCGCAAUUGCCUUCGGCCUAGGAACCAUGAUUUAUAACGGCUUGGAGUUUGGAACAUUUUUUGAAUUACCAUUAGAUUCACCUUGUUACCUCAUCCUUAAAGGGAUCAAUCCAGUAUUGCAGAUGGUUUUUACAUUUAUGCAAAUGUAUUUUAUUUUCAUGAAUUCGCGAUUGAAUAUUCACCGCUUCAAGGUAAUCGCUCGGUUCGGUUUAAUGCACGUCGUUGCUACCAACAUUUGUGUUUGGAUUCGCACUCUUGUACUAGAAUCUCUAAAAGAGAUUACUGACUACCAUGUCAAGAACCCUCACGGUAUUCCUGGGGAAGGCAUACUUGGAAAAGUCAUCCGAAAGCACACCUUAAGACAUUCUGGUAAAGUAUUUGGUGCAGCGACAACAGUUGCGUCCACAGCUGUUUCCAUGGCUAAGAGUUCUAGUGAUCAGAUACUGGGCAUCGUUACAACUGCUAAUCCUACCACGACUUCACCUGCCACGACCAAUCCUUCACCAUAUUAUAAUGCCGGUGGUGGGUUUAUGCCGCAAUCGAAAAUAAUCGACACUUUAAAAAGCACAGUAGGUUACGGAAACGAUAUGGGCUAUGGUCACGGGUCUAAAGAAUCAUGGCCUAAUGAUAACCCAUUCAUCACAACAUCCACUACCGCACCAAUAACGUCGCAGAACGGAAAAGUGACUCAGACUCAAACGGCCAUGUUGGAAGUUUUCCAAUGGCUUUACACUUCAACCUUGAAACCAAUAGUUAGCACCAUGACAACAAUGGUCGCUUCCACACCUGGAUCUUACGUAACUGACAAAGAUGAAUGGGGCAAUAGUAUUCAAAAAUAUCGCGUUGAUGAACCACCUCAUGUGCCAGCUAACAACUCAACGGAAGUCUUCGAGUCUUUCGACACUUUGAACCCAGCUGCCUUGAUCGCCAAUAUUGAUAACUCAACAGUAUGUGGCAGGAAUCCUAUCAUGGGUACCAUUGUCACCGAUUCUGCUCCGUAUCUUUACCCAUUUAUUAUUGAAUAUUCACUUAUUGGAGCAGCUGUUAUUUAUGUCAUGUGGAAACAUAUCGGGAGAUACCCAAGCGUGGCGAACGAUGAAGAUCUGGAAAGACGUCUGGAAGCUGUUCUCUCCCGCAGGGCAGCGGCUUUAGCGGCCGCUCAACGAGGAAAUCGUGUGGAUUGUGCAGGCGCAUCCAAAGGCCUUUUCUGUGGAUUGCUGCUUUUAGUCGCAUCCCUGAUCUGCUUGAUUCUCUUCUUCGUCUUGAUCAGACAUCAGGAACUAAAACGGCUAUCGAUUUACCUGGCCGAUGUAUCACACUGCGCGCUUAUGAUCCUAUCCAUUUUGGCAAUUUUGAUUGGAUUUAUACGUGUUCGUAAACUAAAAUGGAGCGCCAAUCCUCCUUCCUACACCGAGCCACUUCGCAGGGUGCAAUCUCUGAAGUUCCGCUCUGAAGAACAAUCCGACUUGAAUGACAUCUUGCUCCGUGUUUCUGCCUUUGGACUCUUCUUGUAUGCCGUGUUCAGCGUCAUCGCUGGCGGAAUGGGCGCCUUCACUCACGAACCAAACCUGCUCGUGAUGAUUACUGGAUGUCUGAGCGUACUUCAGGUCAUCCUUCAACUGCUGUUCAUAGCGGAUGUUUCCCGUCGCCGUGUGCACUUACCCGAGCAGGAGCGUAGCAAGCCUGCACGUCAAGCCGUUACCUUCCUUCUCAUCUGCAACGUUACCAUGUGGCUUAUUUACACCUUCGAGGCACAGAAAGUUUUGGCUAACCCGGUACAACUGGACUUCUACGGAUUCGUAGCCUGGUCGCUUGUUCAACGAUUCACUCUUCCGCUUUGCAUCUUCCAUCGUUUCCACUCGGCUGUUACUCUAGCCGAGAUUUGGAAAUCCAGUUACAAAGCACGAUUGGAGUGA